AUGGUGAUGAAUGAUUCAGGCCACAGGGUGUCGCGCGCCUCCAACAUGUCCAACUCGACCACUGCCGGCGCCAGCGUGGGCAGCAACGCUGCUAACAACGCAGACGACUCUGCGUCGACGAUUACCGUCAACACGACUCCCAAAGCCGCUCCGAAUUUCCCUCCGCCCAAAACCGACAAGCCACGCCCGCACGUCUGUUCCACCUGCCAGCGCUCCUUUGCUCGAUUGGAGCACCUGAAGCGACAUGAGCGCUCCCACACAAAGGAGAAGCCGUUUGAGUGCCCCGAGUGCUCGCGAUGCUUUGCCCGCCGCGAUCUGCUGCUCCGUCACCAGCAGAAGCUGCACCAGACGUCGACGCCCUCAGCGCGGCCUCGAAACCGCCGAGAGUCGACCAGCGGCGUGCCCCCGGGCCAGAGCCGGGCUCGCAAGAACAGCGUUGCGGGCGCCAGCCAGGCCGCGGCGGUUAACAACCCCGGCUCCAACACCAUGCGUCCGCGUGCAAACACCAUCAGCCAUGUUGACGGCGCCGCCAUGCAGAUGAUCGCCUCGGCGAAUGCAUCCGUUGCUAGGAGCAUGCACGGCGGACACAGCCGCCACCCCAGCCUGGCCGGUCUGCCGAUGCACAACUUUGACCAGGUGUUUGCGGGCAUGUCCAUGGCCGCCAUGGGCCAGAGAACCAUGAUGCACGGACUCCCGAAGCUGGAGACGGGGCAAAUCGGCGGUACCGAUUUUGAAAACGCCCUCCGCACAGCGCCACCUCUCUCUGCUUUUAACCCCGAGUUUGAUUUCGAAAGCCUUUUGUUUGGGCCGGGCACCACCAUCAACCCCAACGCCCUCCACUAUAAUGAUUCCCCUCCCUCGAUGGUAAUGGAGCAGGCCUCCCCGUUCGCGUCGGCCAUCAGCGAUGUGCCGCCGAACCCAACCUUUGACGACACAUUUGACUGGCUGAGCGGUUUUGACCAUCAAAUGUCAUUUCAGACAAACGAAAACGUGGUGGACGAGUCGAGCCCGUCGGCGCUUAGCACGACGAGCCAGAGUGGGAUUAGCGAUGUCAUGUUGGAUGGUUCAAAUCACCCUGCACCGGCCGGGACGAGUACCAUGUGGCAACCCUCCGUGAUGGGACCCCCGCAGAUGCCGAAUCCCUUUGCUAUGGAUCUGAAUGGUUCAGUCUUUCCGGAUCUCCUCAAUGGAGCUCCUUUAUCACCUCAGCCAGCUACUCAAAAGAUCAAUGACCCAUACUUCUCCACGCCCCCACCAUCGCUGAGCUCGUUGAGCCCUUCCGUCGUAUCUGGAUUGAACACGCAGAGCAUGAACCAGACCCUUGGCUUCAAUGCCGGCCCGGAAACCCCAUCGUCCCUCAACGGCGUUAACCAUGGCGCUUCGCCCGUAACCACAAUUACAGAUGCCACUAGGACUACCAUUGUGAAUAUCCUCUCCCAGUGCCUGCCUUUUGGAGGCCGUAAAUACUCCUUUACCUCUCAUACCUCACCGCAGUCGCCGCAGUUCCAAUCGUCAUCGGCCGGGCCCACCCCUUCUGCUCCGGCUGUCAACGUGCCCAGUACCCAGAAUCUACAGCGUUAUGUCUCAGCCUACAUCACUUAUUUCCAUCCCCAUUUCCCCUUUUUGCACCUGCCCACGUUGUCCUUUGAUAUGUCCACGUCCUCCUCGACUGGUCGCCAAAAUGGUGUAGGCGGUAGUGGGUGUCUGGUGCUUGCGACGGCUGCCAUUGGCGCCUUAUAUGAAAUGGAGCACGCCCAGUCCAAGGAACUCUUCAAUAUGGCUAAGAAGAUGAUCUUUUUCUAUCUCGAAGAAAGACGCAAAGCAGAUGUUCGCAAAGCAGAUAUCCGACGCAGCUCACACAGCGACUCCGACCACCACACGCCGUCCUCGUCAUCGCAAGGUAGGGAUAGCUCAGCGCAUACGCCUGUCUGGCUCGUUCAGGCCAUGCUGCUCAACGUCGUGUACGGCCAUAACUGCGCCGACAAGACCAUUAGUGACAUCGCCUCGACUCACUGUGCAGCGCUCGUCAGCCUCGCCCAAGCCGCCGAUCUGCUACGCCCUGAACAAGACGGCUUCGAGGACACUCGGAUGAAUGAUGACUCAACGUGGAACAGGAAAAGUGAAGCUGAGGAGCGACAAGAGUGGCUGCAGUGGAAGCGGAAAGAGGAGCGCAAGCGCACGCUCUACGCCGUCUUCAUCAUGUCUAGCCUUCUCGUCGCUGCUUACAACCACACUCCGGCGCUGACCAAUUCGGAAAUCAUGCUGGAUCUGCCUUGUGACGAAGAAUUCUUCGCUGCCGAAUCAAGCUCUGCCUUCUUCGCCAAGGGCGGAGUUGAGGCUGCCAACCACAAUAGGCUCAAGUUUGCUGACGCUCUCGGAGAGCUCCUGCGCACAAAUGAGCGACAGCAGAAGCACAUGGCUGCGCUGAAUGGCGGACAGCUCUCGCCAGCAACACUGCCACCGUCGAAUCUCAAGCCUAGCACUUUCGGCUGUCUAAUCUUGAUCAACGCUUUGCACAACUAUAUCUGGGAAACCCGGCAGAGGCAUCACAACAAAGUCUGGACUAACGAAGAGACGGAAAAGAUGCACCGACACAUUGAGCCGGCUUUAAAGGCGUGGCAAGCCGCUUGGUCCAGUAACCCGAAGCACUCCGUGGAGCGACCAAAUCCGUUCGGCAUGGGGCCACUAUCUGCCGACGCAAUUCCUUUACUCGACUUGGCAUACGUGCGGCUCUUUGUCAACCUGUCCAGGUCAAAGGAGAAGUUUUGGCAACGAGAUUGGGAUGGCAUGGCAGAGGAAUUGGCCCGGGGGACAGAGAUUGUUCAGCAUGCCGAGCACUCACCGUCAUCCAACGUGGAACCAGUUAGUAACGAUGCCUUUGACAGCACCCUCUUUACCGGCUCUCCUUCAAUGCCGCCAUCAGCACUGGAUCUCUCGAACAAGUUUUCAAAUACGCCCAACGGCUCUCCCUUCGCUACUCGAACCAUUUCCCGUCGCGAACGUCAUCUGCGGAAGGCUGCCUUUUAUGCGGCCGAUUCGUUGGCCAUGUCGGAUAAGCUUGGAGUGACAUUUGCUGAUUUCACCAGUCGUGAACUUCCCCUGCAAUCCGCCAUGUGCGCUUUCGACUGCGCACAGGUUCUUGCCGAAUGGGUUGCCACCGUACAGGACAGGGUUGGCCGCUACCUAGGAGUUCUUGGCCGAGAUCACCUUGAUGCCACACAAAUGCCUGCCAUCAUGCUGCUGGAAGAAGAAGAUGUUCAACUACUAGAAAAGAUACAGGGAGUGCUGUCCUCGGCAGAGAUGAAGAUCAGCAUGGAUCUCAUGGGAAGUUUGAAUUCUGACGACGGAUAUAACGGCUUCGCAACUAAGAUUCUUCGCGUCACUUCUCAGAUGCUGGACAAAGCAGCUGUUUGGCCAGUUACUCACUUAAUGUCCCGAUGCCUUGACGUUCACGCCAAUCAUAUGCGAGCCAGGACAGACAAGUCGAUCUUGGCAACGGAUUAG